CUAGGGAGGAGAGAAAGGGGGCGGGGCGGAGCCAGAAGGACACGCCUCCCCCAGUUGACAGGUUGAAGUUCAGGGAGUCGGGAAGGAACCGGAGCAGCGACAUGUGGAGCCAAUAUGUGGGGAACAUCAGGCCAGCCCUGCAAGCUGAUUGGCCAAGGAGCGCCCUGGUGCCGGCGGCUCUGGGACUGGGAGGAGCAUUGGCCUGCUGGGUGCUGCUCAGGUCCAGGAACAAAACCCUUGAAAUGGGAGAUGGAUGGUGGGCCCCAGGGGCCCCGCAGGACAGAGAGGACCCCAGUGUGAGAGACUUCACUUUCGAGGUUUCUGACUCUGAGAUUCAGGAUCUGUACCGGCGCUUGGACAGCACUCGCUUCUUUCCACCACUAGAGGAUUCCCAGUUUCACUAUGGGUUUAACUCCACCCACCUCAAACACGUUGUCUCCUACUGGAGGAAUUCAUUUGACUGGCGCAAGCAGGUGGAGCGCAUCAAUAAAUACCCUCAUUACAAAACAACUAUUGAAGGGCUGGACGUGCACUUUGUACAUGUGAAACCAGCACACCUUGCGCCAGGACAGAAAGCUCGGCCUCUUCUCAUGGUUCAUGGUUGGCCCGGAUCCUUCUACGAGUUUUAUCGUAUCAUUCCCCUUCUGACAGAACCUGCUAAACAUGGCUUGAACCCAAACCUUGUCUUCGAGAUCAUCUGUCCUUCCAUCCCCGGAUACGGCUUCUCUGAGGCACCACAUAAGAAGGGGUUCGAUUGCCCGGCGGCAGCUCGGAUUUUCUAUAAACUGAUGUUGAGACUGGGAUUCCGGGAGUUCUACCUGCAGGGCGGCGACUGGGGCAGUCUCAUCACUACGUUACUGGCGCAGAUGAAACCAGAAUGUGUGUCCGGUCUCCAUUUGAAUAUAGUCUUUAUACCCAAGCGGGGCAUUGGCCGGGGCGUGUCUCUGCUCCUGGGGCGCUACGUUCCCUGGUUGGUGGGACUGACGCGGGAGGACGCCAAUCGCUUGUACCCCUACUUUGAGAAGAACAUCUACGCGCUGCUCAGGGAAUCCGGCUACUUGCACAUUCAGGCCACCAAGCCGGACUCUGUAGGCUCCGCCCUCAAUGACUCCCCGGCCGGCCUGGCCGCCUACAUCCUAGAGAAGUUCUCCACCUGGACCGACCCGGAGUUCCGUAAACUUGAGGACGGUGGCCUUGAAAGGAAAUACUCCCUGGAUGAUCUUCUCACCAACAUCAUGAUCUACUGGCUCUCCGGCUCCAUCACCUCCUCCAUGAGGUUCUACAAGGAGAACUUCACCCGCGAGUUUGUCCGCUCUCCGGCCAACACGAUGGGGGUGCGCGUUCCCACAGGCAUUGCCACCUUCCCCUGUGAGCUGAUGCACGCCCCCCGCUCGUGGGCUAAGGAGAAGUUCUGGAACAUCGUUACCUACACGUAUAUGCCCCACGGGGGGCACUUUGCGGCACUGGAGGAACCCGAGCUCCUGGCACGAGAUAUUCAGCACUUUGUGUUCAGGGCAGAGAAGUCGGGGCAAUAACUGUAACUGUACAUCCCUGUCAUCUGAACCCCAACUGCCCCACCCCCAGCUCUAACCCCCGGCCCUCACCCCCCGGCCCUCCCCCCCCGGCCCUCACCCCCAGCUCAGUAUGUGCUACUUGUUCCUUCAUCUGAAUAAAAUGUGUGGGCGGGGCUUUGGUUAUUCAAUAAAGGGGCAACGCCCCCAUCUAUCCUUCAGCCA